AUGUGUAGCAAAACUCCAAUAUUAUCUGAUAAAGACACAUAUCAUGCAAAUGCUCUUCACAUCCUUACCUCGUUCGAGGUUCCUAUUCAUAUCUUCGGUGCUUAUAUUAUCAUAGCAAAGACUCCAAACAAUAUGAAAAAUGUAAGAACGAAUAUGCUGGUUCUUCACUUGGCGGGUGCCUUAUUAGACAUUUAUAUGAGUUGCCUAGAAAUUCCAGUAUUCCUUUUACCUGCCUGCGCCGUAUAUCCACUUGGAGUACUAACGAUGCUUGGGGUUUCAACUGUUUUUCAAGCCUACGUAGGGGUUUCCCUUAUUGGAGUGAUUGGAAUGGCGAUUCUUAUGUUCUUCGAGGAGCGAUAUCACAAGUUAAUCAGAAAUCCAGGUGUAGAUAGAAAACGUGGCUGGAAGUACGUUGUAUACAUUGCUAUUCACUAUAUUAUUUCAAUAACGUUCAUUCUACCUUGCUUUUUAAAUAUUCCCGAUCAAAAUCUUGGAAAACUAAUGAUUAUGGAGACAAAUCCCUGCAUUCCAGAAGAAAAAAUAAAUCAUCCCGAUUUUUUUCUAUUAAUCACUGAAUCUGGUCCGCUCUACUUGAGCCUCGGAAUCGCGGCUCUUGUUAUUCUCCCACAGGGCGCAUUUUUCAUCUUAAGUAUAUUUUGGUAUCUUUUCACGCUGAAAUCAAAAUCGCGAGCCACAACUCGUCUGCAAAAACAGUUGUUCUUCGCAAUGUGCUUACAAGUAGCCAUUCCAAUUUCCGCUAUUUGUAUUCCAGCCGGUUAUUGCGUUGUAGUUGUUGUCGUCGGUUAUUACAAUCAAGAAGCCAAUAAUCUUGCUGUAUUUACAAUGGCACUUCAUGGAGGUCUAUCAACGUUUGUUAUGCUGACCGUGCACGCACCUUAUCGAAAUGCGACUUUGGAAGUAUUUGGAAUUAGUUUCAAACGAGUCGUACAGAAACCUAAUCAAGUUUGGAACAAAUCAGUCAAUGAAACAGGAGUAGUACCGUAG